AUUUAGCAGUACCGAUAACUUUAUUCCCAACAAUAAGCACAUCAACCCCAAUAUUGGCUUUACCAAGUCAAGCAGCUCCGAACGUAGCAAAUAAUCCAUUAUCCAUUAGCAAUUUCUUAAAACCAAUAGAAAUACCAAAUACAACAUUACUGAACAAAAUUAACAAAAUAUUAGUCAUAGAAAUUCUAA